AUGUUAAAAAAAAAAUUUACAAUUGAAUCAGACGAUUUCAACAUUUUUCAAGACAAUCUAAUUAAACAUAUUCAAGAAUGUAUUAAUAAUAACGAUUUCAAUAAAAAUAACAUUCAAGUCUCUUAUAAAAUUAAUAGCUAUGGACAAGCAAUGGCUUUAGAUGAUAAAUAUGACUAUAAUACAUUUAUUAGUGAAUGCCAAAAAUUAUAA